AUUGAGGUGUGAUAUUGCCUGUGCCAGAGGACAUUUUAAUAGUAAUACACGAUUUAUUCUUUGAAGCAUGGCAAUAACAGCAGAUCACAUUCGCAACAAACUGACAACGGGCGUUGGAGCAGUGCAUGUGGAAGUGGAAGAUACAACUGCGAACAGAUGUUCUACCAGCUUUAAGGUACUGGUGGUGUCACCAGAGUUUGAGGGCAAAACACUUUUGCAGAGACAAAGGAUGGUGAACGGCUGCCUGUCCGAAGAGCUGAAGGACAUUCAUGCCUUUGAGCAGAAGACACUAACACCAGAGCAAUGGGAGAAGCACAAAGCUCAGUGAUCACCACAUACGCAUGUCAAACCCAUUCAGUCUUAGGGAAAAGGAACUGAAGCUGUCUGGACACAACAAUUCCAUAUCUGCAAGAUAAACUCUGUGGGAAUUUAAAAGAAAUACACCUUAUGAUGUGAUAGUGUACUGUUGUUGUUUUUUACAUAUAUCAAAUGUAAAAUAA